AUGUAUAAUCCAACUUUUAUUGGUGAAAGGCCAGGUCUUCCAACAUUUAAAGGUGAUGGGACCUUAAGUAGCCUUUUCAUUAAUAAAUUCUUGCUUGAUCGUGAUGAGACAAUACGGCCUAUUGGGUGUCGAGCUAUGUUAAUUAGACUUCGCCUGGAGUUGUUAUCUCAUUUGGGAUGUUUAAAUUCUACAGUGUCGGCAUCAAUGAUCAUGAUCGAGCGGAGCGCUCCCUCCGCAGAGUGGCGUGGAGUAUUUACAGCUGGUUGGUAUCUCGGAGAUCGUUUGUCAAGCUCCAGAAUCGUGCUCAGGCAGCAGCGAUAUAGAUGGUCACUUGCAAACAGAUCCCAUUUCCCACUGCUCGAAUCUGUCAUUAAGCUUGGUGGGAAAAUUGUGAAUCGAGCAACUGGCUCAGGCCCUCCUGCUAGCAAGCGAGCAGAAGCCUGUGCUACAUCAGCAGUUCUCACAACACCCUUACGUCUUAAGUAUCAUGCUAGGUGUCGUACUUUUUAUUUCUUUAAAAGCCUUUAA